UUAAUUGCUCGUUCCUCUUAUUAUUAAUAAUCCGUGGUUUGUCCUUUCUCUUCAAUCUGGGUUUGGUGGGGAGGUUUUAAGUCAAGCGUGCGAUAUAUAUAUCUCAAAACAGACAUCCUCUGUUCUUGCCUCUUCUUCUUCUUCUUCUUUAUCUAUACUAUAUUGGUGUUUCAUUUGUUCUGCUUAAGAGUAAAAAAGAUUCAUCCUUUGAUCGGUCCUCCUUCUGAUUUGGCAAAAGACGAGCUCGCUCGUGUUUUGAACAAGAGAUACAGGAUUUUGAAGAUUCCUCGCAAAAGAAAGACUAAAACUUUUUUUGAAUUUGAGGGGGAAAAGAAGAAAGAUACCAUUUUUUUUUACCAGAAGUCGAAGACUGGUUUUUUGGUUUUGGUCUGAAAUCUCUCUUUCUUCGUGUUGUUCAUAGUAUGUCUUAAUUGGGGUUAAGUUACUUGAUUGGUUUCUCUCGAUCAUCAUGCAUAGAGUACGCAAUAAACCGAUUAAAUCCACUGCUACUGCUUCCGUUAAGCAUUUAAUCAAACAGAGAGGCGGAGGGAGCGACGGAGCUACGGCGGCUUCCAAGUCGGCGAAUGAUAAUAAUAAUCAGAAUAAUAGCCUCUUGACGGAUAUGCAGGAACCUAGCAUCGAUACAGAUAAACUCAGCUACGAGAUUUUCUCGAUUCUUGAGAGCAAAUUUCUUUUCGGGUACGACAACAAAGACGACGACCCCAAAAUCAAUUUCGACCCGAAACCCGAACCCGAACCCGCCAAUUCCGCGGUUGCUGGCUCGAUUAAGAACCAGAGAGGUAAAAUCUGUAUUCUGAGCAUCGAUGGAGGUGGAAUGAGAGGGAUUUUACCCGGUAAGGCUUUGGCUUAUCUAGAACACGCUCUCAAAUCUAAAUCGGGUGACCCGAAUGCCCGAAUCGCCGAUUACUUUGAUGUAGCCGCCGGGUCCGGUAUAGGUGGGAUUUACACAGCGAUGUUGUUCGGGUCAAGAGACGGUAACCGUCCGAUCUUCAAAGCAGAAGACACGUGGCAGCUCUUAACGAGAAACGCCAAGGGUCUUUACGGAGGAGGAGGAGGAAUCUUGAAACGGGUCUUGAGAACCGGGUCGGGUUGUCGUUCCGGGACGGCUAAGUUAAAGAAAGUGAUGAAAGAGUCUUUCUCGGAGCUAACCUUAAAGAAUACGCUUAAACCGGUGCUUAUACCUUGCUACGACCUCAAAAGCUCUGCCCCGUUUCUGUUCUCACGCGCGGAUGCGCUUGAGACGGACGGCUAUGAUUUUAGGCUAUGGGAGGUUUGUACAGCGACUUGGGCUGAGCCGGGGGUGUUUGAGCCGGUGGAGAUGAAGUCGGUUGAUGGGCAGACCAAGUGUGUGGCCGUUGGUGGAGGAUUAGCGAUGAGCAAUCCCACAGCGGCUGCAAUCACGCAUGUGCUGCACAACAAGCAGGAGUUUCCGUUUGUGCGAGGUGUUGAGGAUUUGCUUGUGUUGUCUCUUGGUAUGGGUCAGUUGCUUGAUGUUAGUUAUGAGUAUGAUCGGAUUAUCAAGUGGAAGGCUAAGCAUUGGGCCCGUCCCGCGGCUCUUAUUUCUAAUGACGGUGCUGCUGACACCGUCGAUCAAGCUGUGGCCAUGGCUUUUGGUCACUGCCGCAAUAGUAAUUAUGUCCGGAUUCAGGCGAAUGGGUCGAGCUUAGGACCAUGCAGUCCAAACAUAGACACAGACCCUAGUGAGAGCAAUGUGAAUAUGUUGGUGGGAGUAGCAGAGGAGAUGCUGAAGCAAAAGAAUGUAGAAUCGGUUUUGUUUGUAGGUAAAAGAAUCGAUGAACAGAGCAACUUCGAGAAGCUUGACUGGUUAGCCGGGGAACUUGUUCUCGAGCAUCAAAGGAGAAAUAGCAGAAUCGCUCCAACCGUAGCGUUUAAGCAAUCCAUCCAUAGAGCAGAUCAAAAGACAAGGGACAAAGAUAUCGGUGUGACCGCAAGAGAACGAUAAAAUAAGAAAAUGGUUUACUUAGAUGAUUGUUUAGGAUAAGGUUUUAUUUCUUUCUUCUUAGGUCAUGAUUUGUUGUAUAGAUUUGUAUUUUUGAGUUCGAGUGUCCGAGACAUGAUGAGAAAAGGGGAAACACCUAUCAUCUUGCAAAAGGGCUCAAGCUCCUUCAUUCAUGCUGCCAAAAAAGAAAAGAAAAAAAGAACAAAAUGAAUCCUGUAAUUUCGGUUUGUCUUUGUUUUCAUAUAAUGAUCAUGAUUUCUUCUUUGACA